AUGGAGCACCAUCAACCCCCUGAGCGUCCAGUCUCUGGCAAGGCCAAGGCUGCAGAAGCAGUCAGUCCUGAAAACCACGAGGUCCUAGCGGGACCAGAUGAGCACCCCCGGGACCAGGAUGCCGGAAAUGCUAAUGGGGCGGCCCGAGAUGCUACUGGAGCAGCCAGGGAUGCUGAUGGGGCGGCCGGAGAUGCUUCUGGAGCAGCCAGGGAUGCUGAUGGGGCGGCCGGAGAUGCUUCUGGAGCAGCCAGGGAUGCUGAUGGGGCAGCCGGAGAUGCUUCUGGAGCAGCCAGGGAUGCUGAUGGGGCAGCCGGAGAUGCUACCGGAUCCGCCAGGGAUGCUGAUGGGGCAGCUGGAGGACAGGAGCCAGUAGAUCACGGGUCACUGCCAGUCCAGGGCCAGGAUAAUCUUGAGUCCCCUCCACCUGACACUAGCUCAGACCGGCCAGGGCCAGCCCACAGGACACAGCAUGAGGCAGAGACAGCGGGUGCGAGCUCGGGGCCCCAGGAGCUCCCCCAGUCCCCCAGGGCCCAGCAGCUGGAGCUGGAUUUCUACUGUGUGAAGUGGAUCCCCUGGAAGGGAGAGCGGACGCCCAUCAUCACCCAGAGCACGAACGGCCCCUGCCCUCUCCUCGCCAUCAUGAACAUCCUCUUCCUUCAGUGGAAGGUGAAGCUGCCCCCUCAGAAGGAAGUGAUCACGUCAGAUGAGCUCAUGGCCCAUCUCGGAGACUGCCUCCUGUCCAUCAAGCCCCAGGAGAAGUCGGAGGGACUUCAGCUUAAUUUUCAGCAGAAUGUGGACGACGCAAUGACCGUGCUGCCUAAACUGGCCACCGGCCUGGAUGUCAAUGUGCGGUUCACAGGGGUCUCAGACUUUGAGUACACACCGGAGUGCAGUAUCUUCGACCUCCUGGGGAUCCCUCUGUACCACGGCUGGCUCGUCGAUCCUCAGAGUCCCGAGGCUGUGCGUGCGGUUGGGAAACUGAGCUACAAUCAGCUGGUAGAGAAGAUCAUCACCUGCAAGCACUCCAGCGACACCAACCUGGUGACAGAAGGCCUGAUCGCAGAGCAGUUCCUGGAGACCACUGCGGCCCAGCUGACCUACCACGGACUGUGCGAGCUGACCGCAGCUGCCAAGGAGGGCGAACUUAGCGUCUUUUUCCGAAACAACCACUUCAGCACCAUGACGAAGCACAAGAGCCACUUGUACCUGCUGGUCACCGACCAGGGCUUCCUCCAGGAGGAGCAGGUGGUGUGGGAGAGCCUGCACAACGUGGACGGAGACAGCUGCUUCUGCGACGCCGACUUCCACCUGAGCCACUCGCUGGGCAAGGGGCCGGGCGCCGAAGGGGGCAGCGGCUCCCCGGAGAAGCAGCGGCAGGUGGACCAGGACUACCUGAUCGCCUUGUCCCUGCAGCAGCAGCAGCAGCCACAGGGCCUCAGCGACCUGGAGCUGGCCCAGCAGCUGCAGCAGGAGGAGUACCAGCAGCAGCAGGCGGUCCAGCCGGUGCCGGCGCGGGCCCCGUCGCCACAGGGGAGAGGAGCGCCCUCGGGACGCCCGGCCGGGGAGCGGCGGCGGAGGCCCAAGCCGGAGUCCGACUGCGUCCUCCUGUAG